AACUUGCGUACAAACUAACACGUUUCCUAAACAAGCAAAUUCAUCAUGAUUCUUAGGAGUACCUCCAAAACCACCUUUCUGUUCUGUGCAAUGUGCAUGAUGCACAUGUUCUUGCAUCAACCAUUGCAUUAUUGAGUUUCCCUUCGGCUGUUCAAAAAAGAAACAAAAAAAUUUGAGUCUCCAUCUCUCCCCUGCUCCGAUUCUUUCUCAAGUCUCCAAGUCUCAGUUUCUGUCUUCUGUUGAAGGAAAGGAUUUAAUUGGAAGAAAUCUUACUUUUUAGAAGUAAAUUGAAGAGACCAGAGGCUUGAGGAUCAACUUGUGCAGAAUCCAGAAGUCAGGAACCAAAUAUGCUAUUUUACCAUUGAAGAAAUUGCAAAAUGAAACCAUAAACCCGACGCGGGUGUAGUGUCGACACAUGAUCUGGGUGUCGACACCAUGUGUUAAACGUCCAGAAUUAGAUUUUGUUUCUUAUUUUGUGUCAACACAUAAUCCGAAGUGUCAGCAUCACGUGAUCAGCAUCCAAAAUUUAGUUUUCUAUUUCUGUUCCAAGUCCUACUUCUAUUUCAAUUAGGGUUUUUAAAAUCCUAUAAAUAUACAUCUAAAUUCAGAAUUAAAGAAAGUUUUGGGAGGAUUUUAAAUUCCCAAGGAAAGUGAGAUCACGUCUCAGAACAGUCUUUCUAUUCUUCUACUUUUUCCAUAUUUUCUAACAAUCUUAAGGAUUUAAAAUUCCUUAUGGCUCUUCCUUUAAAUGUCAACAUCAAGUUGCUGAAUCCUGAUGUAGUUAGAUUGGACAGGUUUGAUGGCACCAAUUACAUGCAUUGGAAGGAUAAGAUGACUUUCCUACUAACAACACGGAAGGUGUCAUACGUUCUUGAUCCAAAGUUGCAACCCAUCCCAGCACCGAAGGAAAAUGAUUCUGAAGGAGUGAAGAAUGCAAGGUUGAAGCGUGAAGAAGAUGAACUCAUAUGUCAUGGACACAUUAUAAAUUCUCUCACUGAUAGACUUUAUGAUCUGUAUUGCAACAUUUCUUCUCCUCAAGAAAUUUGGAUUGCUUUGGAAAAGGAAUACAAGCAUGAGAAUAAAGUCGGGAUGGUGAUUGAAUUGAACAUGGCAAAUCUAACCAAGUCCAUGGAUUGGUGGCUGGAUUUUGGUGCAACAGUUCAUGUGUGCAAUAACAAAGCACAAUUCAAGUUUUAUGAAGACUUGAAGGAACCAGAGGAAGUGCUUAUGGGAAACAAUGUCAUCACAAAAGUUCUAGGCAAAGGCCUAGUGGAAUUGAAGUUCACUUCAGGCCAAAAAUUGACCUUGAAUCAGACAAGGCCAUUAUAUCAAAAAAUGGCAACUUUGUGGGGAAAGGUUAUUCUUGUGAUGGAAUGUUCAUAUUAAGUAUUAAUGAAAUAAAUAAUGCUUUUGCUU